UUACCAUCCAACAGCAUUAUGGGACAGAACCAGCCUCGGGUCAGAACCGAGGCCGCUAACACUCCUUGACAUGGGCAACAAUCAACAUCAACCCCCAGAGCGGGCCUUCUGUGACCUGUCCUCUCCGGGGCAGGAGGGCAUCAGGGUGGUCCAGCUCUACCUGAUGCCGGCCUUCUUCCUGGGGGUGUUGAUACUGGGUCUGCCCCUCAACCUGCUCUCUCUCUGGAUCUUCUUCCAACGCCUGAAACGCUGGUCCAGGAGUAGUGUCCUGCUCUUCAACCUGGCCAUGGCUGACACCUUUUGGCUGCUGGCUCUACCCUUCCUCAUUCACUACCACUUAAACGGUCUCCACUGGGGUCUGGGUGUGUCGCUCUGCAAGACCCUUCGGUUGCUCUACCACAACUACUUCUACCUCAGCAUCUUCUUCGUUUCCUGCGUUAGCGUGGACCGCUAUCUCGCCAUCGUCCACCCGCUGCGCUCUGUGGUGUUACUCGGCCGCCGGCAGACCUAUUUCCUCUGUGCCGUUAUCUGGGCGAUUUCCAUGGUGAUAAGUGUCCCUAUAGCUCACAUGACUUUGCUACAACAUUGCCCCGGAGACAAUAAUCGUACCGUGUGUACCCUGUAUAUGUUAAUGGACGACACUGAGGAGAGCCUACCCUACUCAAUCUGCUGUACCACCAUCGGCUUCCUCUUCCCUCUAAACUCCAUCUGUUACUGUUGCCUCCGCAGCAUCAGGGAGCUCCGCCUCCGCAGCCGUCGUCCACAGGUACACCUCCACAAAAACAAGGGGCGCCGUGUCCGUCUGACCCGCGUGUUGACCGCCGUGCUGACCCUCUUUGCCCUUUUCUACCUGCCCUACCACCUAAGCAGGAACGCGGCCAUCGUGAUGCAUGCCAUGUACCUGGGAAGGCCGGCGUUCUGGCAGCCUGUAGACCUGGCAUUCUGCCUGGAGAUCUGUCUAUGUAGCCUGAAUACCUGUGUCAACCCGCUGUUUACUUGCUUCGUGGGACGGCAGUUUAGAAAGGAGUUCCAGGAUACCUUUGGGUUCGCUUGGCUGCAGCUUUGGAAAAGUCAACGACAGCAAUCAGCCGUGAAUCAUGUGACGUCUGUAACAGGGUUGUUUGAGAGAAAGAGGAACCAGAGGAACCAGAGGACCAUAGGGCCUGAGAGAGAGGGGCAUGGUGGCCAGGUGCCAUAGGGCAUGAGAGAGAGGGGCAUGGUGGCCAGGUGCCAUAGGGCAUGAGAGAGAGGGGCAUGGUGGCCAGGUGCCAUAGGGCAUGAGAGAGAGGGGCAUGGUGGCCAGGUGCCAUAGGGCAUGAGAGAGAGGGGCAUGGUGGCCAGGUGCCAUAGGGCAUGAGAGAGAGGGGCAUGGUGGCCAGGUGCCAUAGGGCAUGAGAGAGAGGGUCAUGGUGGCCAGGGUUUGGCUGCUGUCACUCCACUGUGAAUGCUGAAGGAUCAGACCAUGGUAAAUGACCAUCUCAAUUAUUUUUUUUAAUCCAUCGCCUCCCUUUGAUUGGAAAAUACUUGGCGGGGGGGGGUGUCUUUAUAGCAGCUGGACCACACAGAUGAUCAGAUCUCAGACACAAUUACAUCUUAAGAAUCACAGCAACGACCCUGUCUGUGGGUGGUUAUCUGUAUGUUACAGCAACAAGCCUGUCUGUGGGUGGUUAUCUGUGUGAUAGAGCAACGACCCUGUCUGUGGGUGGUUAUCUGUGUGAUACAGCAACAAGCCUGUCUGUGGGUGGUUAUCUGUGUGAUACAGCAACGACCCUGUCUGUGGGUGGUUUUAUGUAUGUUACAGCAACGAACCUGUCUGUGGGUGGUUGUCUUCCUUACUGUAUUUUGUACUGAGCAUGGAAUUGGUAUGCAUGUCACUUUUAGGUAGUCCUGAGGCAUGGUCCUAGGGCUCAGGUCCUCCGGGAGGGGAGAACUCUAUAGAAGAAAGCCCUGCCUCCAGCUGUUUGCUUAGAAAUUCUAGGGACAAUAAGGAGGCCUGCAUCUUGUGACUGUAGCGUACUUGUAGGCAUGUACGGUAGGACCAAAUCAGAGAGAUUAGGUAAGGGGCAAGAAACACUUUGUAAGUUAGCAGUAAAACCUUGAAAUCAGCCCUAGCCUGAUUAGUCUAAUCUAGAAGUGACUAAAGCAUGAAUUCAUAUUUCUGCAUAAUUUGUGGGCAAAAAGAAUAUGUCAGUUCGGUUGUCAUCUGAGACAUAAACUCUACAGUGGAAAGUCUACACAUCAGAGAUA